AUGGCCAAGAAAGCUGCUCUACACCUUUCCACCGUUGCGUCUCAUUCCCCCACUCCUAAAGAGGGUGAGACGAGAACAGUUGUCGGUCAUUCUGGUAGCCCCAGGUCGCUGCUCGGCGCCGUGGUACGCAGAAGUGACACAGAUGAUGGUGGGCCAGCCCUGGACCGUCCCUCAGUUCUGGGGGGGGGCUGUCUCAGGAAGCAGGAAAAGUUCACGCCGGAGUGUAAGUUUAAGGAGAGUGUGUUUGAGAACUACUACGUCACCUACUCAUCCAUCCUGUACAGACAGACCCAGUCAGGACGGGCGUGGUACAUCGGCAUCAACCGAGAUGGACAGGUCAUGAAAGGGAACCGUGUCAAGAAGACAAAGGGGGCUGCGCACUUCCUGCCUAAACUCAUUGAAGUGGCCAUGUACCGGGAGCCCUCUCUACACGACGUUGUGGAGCAGAGUCCGCCCAGGAAAACGCAGAAGACCUCCAGUGACUCGCCAGUGCUCCAGAACGGCAAGAAGGACCCUAAAUCCAAAACCAAAACCUCCACCUCCUAGCGCUUAAAGACACGGGUGGGAGGAGGGGUGGAGGACACGGGGCACUUGGCACCAGCGGACACCUGGACAGGGUUGUUAGGGCUACUCCCAAUGUGCAACACUGACCCUACAUGAACUCUACGUACCACAAUGCACUGGUGUAAAGUUGGAGAAACAAGUGGCGAAUGGGGAGCCCCUUUUACAUUCACAGACCCCCCACGCACCCACACCAGCCCUCCACCUUCUUAUUAUCAAAGCCUGGGAUAUAAAAGCAAUAACUCCACGAAGAGGUGAACAUCAUCGUAUAGCAUGUCACCACUGCGUGUUUAACUUGCUGGAAGAAAAAUCCCACACCGCCAUCAUCAGCGACAUGCUUCCAGUCAACCAAAUAUUUGAACAAAGUCUUCCUGGUUCUACCACAACGGGUGCAACAGUCAAAACGGUCCCUCAAACUUACUUUACAAACAAGUUUUCAUUUCCCCACAGGGUUCCAUGCUAAUGCAAGUCUGCCACAGAGACCCUUGCAGACUUUUUGUUCCGCAGCCAUCUGCUCAGUCCACUUCUUCCGUGUGUGUCAGCGACUUUGUGAGAUGGCCUGGAUACUUGUCAACCUCAUUCUGUUUGUGUGUGUGUGUGUGUGUGUGUGUGUGUGUGUGUGUGUGUGUGUGUGUGUGUGUGUGUGUGUGUGUGUGUGUGUGUGUGUGUGUUCCUUUCAUCUACCUUUCACCUUUGGCGCGAUUUGAUUAGUUUGUGACAUGGACUCAAUUUUCCACUCGGCCGCACAAGAAAACCCCUCCCGUCGUCCCUGGCUCUGUUAAUGGAGUCUGGGGCUGAUCACAAUCUUUUCGACCCUUAAACGAGGGGCCAAGAGCUCCCUCGACACACUGCAUAACCAACCACACACACACACACACGUAUUAUUACACUGGCAUAUACACACAUGCAGAAGUGUGCGUAUUCUGUACACAUCCUGAUAUAGAUGAGCAACGACAUCAGAAAAAUAAUCUCACGUUUUAACACUCAACACCACAACAUGCAUUAAGACACACAUGCACACAUGCUGACUUGGUGGGGGUUCGUGUGCAGGUGGGGGGGGGGGAUGAUGAGAAUAUCAGCAGGUAGUGAUGGAGCCUGACUGUGUAGCUUGUGAUUGCACUGCGAUAGCUUUUCUCGCUGUGGCUGGCCAUGCAUUGCACAUAACCCUUGAGGCCCGAGAAGUAUCUUGGGAUAUCACUCAAUUUGGUAUUCUUCCCAAAUAAUACAACCAUGUUUUUGUUUUCAAUUCUUGCAUCCAAAUUGUGAAAUAACAAUAUGGUAAAAAAAAGAAAAUGUUGUGUGUUCAAGUAUUUUAAAGGGGCACCCCACCUAUUUUACAUGUUGAAGUCACGGAGAGCCUGUUUAAGCCUAUGCAAACAUUUGUGUAGUGUCUUCUGGGGCUGUAUGGGAGCUUUGUCAAUUCUGAGAAAAUACUAGAUUGAGUAAUCUAAAGCCAUUUUCUCAAAUAACAAUGUCUGGAAUACCAAGUCAACAGGUAGACAUUUCUAUUUGCGUCUUUGCUGUCCUAGAUAGAAAAUUCCUCAACAUGCCCACUGGCUUGUCCUUAAGGCUUAGUAUUAUGAGUGGCUCUGUUCAUGCUUGGGCUUACAUUAAUCGAACUGCAAGCAAUGGGAAUCCACCACCACACUUUUGGUUGGAUAUUCUGGUCUGUUAUGCUAGUAGCGGCUAAUAUAACUUUGAGCGACUAUAGGCC